GCAGAAACUAUCAAGGAAGCAACCCACCUUAUGUUGCACCUCACAAUCGGCAGAACUAUCAAGAAGAAUCCAUGGCCAAGUUCGAAUCGAGGGUAGAGAAGAUGUUGAUGGAAUAUAUGCAAAGGAUGAACAAUAUUGCAGAUGAUUUGAAGGAACGAGACAAGACUCGAGACAACCAACUUCAGCAAGUGUUUAAACUAGGAGUUCAUGAACAAGGAAAUCUUUCCACUACUACUGAGCCAAAUCUGAGGGAGCAACUUCAGACUAUCACUUUGAGUAGUGGUAAGGAACUUCAAGGCCCAGUGGUGGAAGAAGAUAGCCCAGUUGAUACGACUACUGGAAGUAACUCUAGUGAAAAGACCAACAAACCUGUGUCCAAAGAGAAGAAAAAGGAAGGAAGCACUACCAAAGCAACCUCAGCAGACCUCUCAAAAGGCUAGCAUACCCUUCCCUACAAGGGUAAAGAAGAGUGAUGAUGAGAAAGCUUUCAAAAAGCUUCUCAAUAUCAUUGGCCAAGUGGAGGUCAAGAUGCCGUUAGUGGAAGUGCUGACAGAAUUGCCACAAAGUAUGGUAAGUUUCUGAAAGACCUGGUUACAAAUAAGAGAGAUUGGGAAGAAUUCUUACUUGUUAGCUUAAAUGCUGGAUGCUCCACUCUUCAAUUCUGCUUGAGGAAAUACAGAGGAAGCAUAAGG